GCCUCUGCCUGGCCGGCGCCGCAGUCGGCGCGGGCCGCGCCCGCCGCCGUAAACUGCCCUGAGCGCCUGCUCAGGCCGAGGGAGAAGUCGGGGCCUGCACCUGGAGGGAGCCUGCCGCGCUGGCCCCGAGGAGGGGGCGUUGCCAUGGCGACAGCCUCUCCCGCUGCUGACGGGGGGCGGGGGCGGCCCUGGGAAGGAGGGCUGGUCUCCUGGCCCCCUGCUCCUCCCCUUACAAUCCCCUGGACUUGGAUGGGCCCGAGUUGGGGGCAACACCCCGGGCAUUGGGGCUUUCCAGCUCUCACAGAACCUUCAGCAUCCCCAGCGGCCAGUCUUGGCAUCUUCGAAGUAAGGAGAGUUUUAGAUGCUUCUGGAUGUUCAAUGCUAGCACCUUUACAGACUGGAGCAGCUCGAUUUUCUUCAUAUUUACUUUCAAGAGCAAGAAAAGUGCUGGGCUCCCACUUAUUUUCUCCCUGUGGUGUUCCGGAGUUCUGCUCCAUAUCCACCAGAAAGCUGGCGGCCCACAGCUUUGGCGCAUCCAUGGCGGCAAUGAUGUCCUUCCCUCCCCAGAGGUAUCACUACUUUUUAGUGCUGGACUUUGAGGCCACGUGUGACAAGCCGCAGAUUCAUCCUCAGGAAAUCAUCGAGUUCCCCAUCCUGAAGCUAAAUGGCCGGACCAUGGAGAUUGAGUCUACCUUUCACAUGUAUGUCCAGCCCGUAGUCCAUCCACAGCUUACUCCCUUCUGUACAGAGCUCACCGGGAUUAUUCAAGCCAUGGUGGAUGGUCAGCCAAGCCUGCAGCAAGUGCUGGAGCUCCUCCAGGAGGUGCGGCCGGCCCGCCUGCCCCACUGCAGCUUGCCGCUGGAUGCAUCGUGCCUGUCAGGGGUGCAGAGGCUGCGCUGGAGGGUCGAUGAGUGGAUGGCGAAGGAAGGCCUCUUAGAUCCAAACGUCAAGUCAAUUUUUGUCACCUGUGGAGACUGGGACUUAAAAGUCAUGCUCCCGGGCCAGUGCCAGUACUUGGGCUUGCCAGUGGCAGAUUACUUCAAGCAGUGGAUUAAUCUGAAAAAGACGUGUCCAUCCGAAGCACAAAGACUGAGUCUGGCUCCUCUCUGUGUCCCCAGUGGCCAGAUCAAGGCUAGGUGCAGAGUGUGUGCUCAGUGAACAAUUGCUGGCUGGCUGGCUGAUCUCUGAGAGCUGGCUCCAGAGAGGCCCUCUCACGCGGGCCUUGGCAGGGCUACGCGUGCGGGUGUGGCCAGGCCUGUGCUCCUGGAAGAUGGCGUGCCAGCUGUCAGAGUGCAUCUGAGGCUGCUUGCUGGCCUCGGCAAAUGCAAUGUGAAGGCCCCACCAAGCGAGGCAGGCGCUGACCAUGAACAAUUGCUCUGUGAAGUUCACUAGACUUUUUGGUGUAUGGAUGACUCCCUGCCUCUAGCUUCCUUGGCAGAGAGGCGGGAAAGCAGCCGAGCCGUGUGAUAACAUUGCUACUCGGGACUACCUGGGUGCUGCUGGCAGUGGAGGCUGCUGCCGAGCCUGCUCAGCUUGCGUGUCUGCCAGACUGUGCUGAGCCAUGGAGCGGAGAGUGGGUACCAGGGGAAACUGAGGACUCCGUCAUCGCCUCUUGGGAGGUCGACUGAGCAGGUCUAAGAAAAACCAGGGGUCUCACCCCUUCCUCUCUGCCCUACAGCCACAUCGUGUUCCAGCUGUGCUUAAGGGUCCAGAAGGAAAGAUGACCGAACUCCAGUCCUUGCCAGCAGCCAUGCAAGACAGGGAGGCUGCAGGGCCCCAGAGGUCCAGGCACAUGGCAAUCUUUCUGAUCUUUAUACUGCGUGACUUAGUGCAGGUUGCACAAAGAUUCCUACACCCUUAAAAAGAGCAAUGAUGAAAGCUAAGCCGGAGAGGCCAUUGCCAGGGUUGUGGGAGUACCAUGUAAGAGCCUCACUCCUGCCUUCUGUCCCCAGGUGGGACCCAGGCCCUGGCUGUCUGCAGACUCCUCUCCCAUCCUUGAUCUUACUUUGUCCUACCCCCUUCCCUUCCUCUCCUCUCCUCAACCCCCCAGCAGGGCUUUGCCCCAUGAAAAGAAUAGGGAGUGUCCCGGUCUGCUUGGCCGCCUAGACGUGCUGAGUGAGCACCUGGGACUGAGGUCACAGUCUGCACUGACUGACUAAGGCCUCCAGUCUGAGAAGAGGCAGAAUGUUAUCUUUCAGCUGCCCUCCCCUGUCCAGAGGCGGUGUGGGCUGCGUCAGGGAAGGACAACUUUUCUAGGGCCAGGUUUCCACGUCGCCUGUCUCCACCUACUUUCCCUGUAGCAGAGAGGAGCAAGCCGGUGUUUGCUGACAUUUGGAAUGUCAUUGAAUGAUCUAUAUACUCUUAUUGAACUGUCAGCCUAGAGAGGACUUGGGGCCCUGCUUCCAGCAGCCUCCAGGAGGUCAGAGCUGUCACUGAGGGGCCAGAAGAGUACACACACACACACACACACACACACAAAUAUACACAUGUACUCAUGUGAAUGAAUACACUCAAGCGAGCAUACCCAAAAUUGUAUGUAUGUAUCCAUACUUGCAUAUAUGUGUAUACACAUAUUCACCUGCAGAAAUAUCUGAAAAUAUACACAGACACGUAUGUGUUUAUAUAUACAUAUUCAUAAAAUGUAAGGGUACAUGCACAUAUAUAAACAUACACAUCUGCAUCAAUAAGCAAAAUAUUUUUGAGCGCCUUCUGUGUUCCAGGUACUGUGCUGGGCCCUGGGGAUAUAACAGAAGAGAUGGAUGUUAAACAAACAAUUUCAAUUGUGUUAUAACACUAAAAAGUUCAGAGUCAUGGAAUCACAUCACAAGGGGACCUGACUUAGUGGGGUGGAGGGAGGAAGGGAGUCUAAGCUGAGACCUGGGGGAUGAGCAGGAAUUGGCUAAGCAGAAAACCACAAGUGGCAAGGCCCUGGGGUGAAGAGAAGCCUGGCAGCUUCAUGAAACUAGAAUGUAAGUUCCAUGAGGGCCAAAGAACUUUUGUCUCUUCUGUUUACUCUUCUGUCUUCAUCACUUUGGAUAGUUCCUGGCACACAGUAGAUGUUUAAUCAUUAUUUGUUGAAUGAAUGACUACCUGAAGCACAGUGAAAGUGGGGAAGAGAGAAGGCUGACAUAAGAUGAAACUGGAGGGGAGUCUGUAGACCAGACUUUAGAUUUUGAUCUUUAUCCUUAGGGUGAGGGGAAGCAAUUAAAAGGUAUUGAACAUAGGAGAGCAUCAUCUGAUUUGCAUUUUGAAAAAAGUCUCUCUGGCUGCAGUGUAGAGAGAGCUAGGAGUAGAUAUAGGGGACCAGUACUGGUUUUUCUUAAUGGGGCUAUAGUUGGCGUGUUGGGAUGGGGCACAUCAUCACAUGGGCAACAUCACUGAACUCGCAGCAUCCCCAGUCCCUGUUCAUUGAAGCCAGUAGUGCACCUCUCCAAGUCACUGUGACAACUAAAAAUGCCACCUCCCCCUCGACAGACACAUACUUUUCCGGUGGCCUGGAUGGUGCGGGAGUGGGGAGGUACCGUCCCUGGUUGAGAACCAGAGAAUUGGACCAUUCCAAGUGAAAGAUGACAGCUACUGGGAUUAAAUUGUUAGCAGUGGAAAUGCAGAGAAAUGGACUGAAUCUGGAGUGUUAAAUGGUACAGUCAGUCUGCUGUGAUGCAACAUAUACCUCCCCCCAGAUCACCGUGCUAUGGAAAGUUGUGCAAUAAAAAUGGGGUUAGGUGCACAGUACUCAGAAACUUCAUCAGCGACACGUGAGUAAAGUUGGGAAUCUAAUAAAAUAAAAAUUAUGGGUAGCAUGAUUUUACAUGUAUUAAAUGGUUAAGAAAUACAUAAAUGCUACGAUAAAUAUGGCAUUUUACCUUGAAAAAAACUUGAAGUUUGCUUGUGGAAAUGGGCAUGAGAAGGGUUGUAGCUUGUGAGUUAUUGUAAAGUGGCGGAAAGAGAAUUCUCUGAAAUCAGAGAUUGUAAUCAGAUGGUUGUGGCUUGUAGCACAUGUGGUGAUCCAGGUAGCUGGUAUAUGUUUGAGGUGUGCGCAUGUGUCAUUUUGUUUAUUCGUAUACAGCUCUGUUCAGCUGGGUGUAACUUCCUGUGUUUAUCUUGUAUUGCUUAAGGACAAAGUCUCACACAAAUGCACAAUGUGCAUUAUGCUAAAUCGUUCCCUAAUACUUCAGUUGCACUGGAACAAAUUUGCUCUUUCAAAAUGAGUGUUACAGCAGAAUUGACUGUACAAUAGAUGGGAAAUGGUGACUGAUUGGCUGUGAGGGUUGAGGAUGAAGGCGGAGACCAUCAUGACUCCCAAGGUUUAUGAUGUGAGCAACUGGGAGAGUUGGAAUGCAUUUACUGAGAUAAUAGAAGGAGGAGAAGUUUGGGGAUUGGAAGAGAAGGUGAAUUCAAUGUGGGACAUGUUGAGUUUAGAUGCCUUUGAGACAUUCUUGUGAAGCUGUUGAGAACGUAUUUGAAUAUAUAGGUCUGGGGCUCAGGGAUAAGGUCAGGAUAAGAGAUACAGAUUAGGGGGCAUUAUUGUUAUGUGAAUGAUAAUUGAAGCCAUGGGAAUGGAGUGAAUAAGAUGAGAAGAAAAGAGAGCCUAGGACAGAACACUGGGAAACACCAAUGUUUGAUACAUAGAGGAGGAAGAGUCAGCACUAGAGAAGGAGGAGGAGUGAUCACUAGUAGUAAUAGUAAUAUUUCUUAUUUAAUGAUUGCAUUUAGUGUGCUAGACCUGUUGUGUCCAAUAUAGUUGCCACUAGCCACCUGUAGCAAUAGAGUGCUUGAAAUGUAGCUGAUGUGACUGACGAACAAAUUCUAAAUUUUAUUUAAUUUUAAUUAAUUAAAAUGUAAGUUAAAAACUUACAAGAAGAACUUUUCAGUAUAUUUAGAACACACUGGAUUGGUAAAUCUGCAUUUUCAACUGUUAAUUGUUUAAAGUCUCAAUACAGAUCAGGUAUCUCUGAUGAAGAUUUAGCAUCUCAAUUGAGAUGUGUCGUAAGUGUAAAUUACACACUUAAUAUGAAAAAAUACAAAAUACCUCAUCAAUAAUUUUUUUA